AUGGCUGGAUUAAUUCCUCUUAUGCUUGGGUCGAGCAAGCGGACGAGUCUUGCGCCCACACAACAGCAACAACCACAACCCAACAACAGCAACAUCGCAGACAUACUUCAGAACGAACAUUCAGGACAAACAGAGAUUCCACAUUUGCUCUUGCAAGGCAAAGCCGAAUGGAAGCGAGCAAUCGUCGAGAUCAAGAAGCUACAUAUCGGCAAGAGGUAUAGGGCAUGCUCAGCGCGGUGUAUCGAAAUCCUAGACAACAUCAAGGACAAGGAGGAUGUGCGCGUCGAACCGCUUUACUUGAUCUACCUCCACUUCUACGCUGCCACCUGUAUGGAAAUCUGCGCCCGACCUCUACCCACGGCCUCCAUGUUCCGGACUACCUUGCUUCAGCAAGCUCGCACCCACUUCGAACAGGCUGCCUCACUCAUCAGUGCUGCUGAGAACUCUGUUCUCAAGCAAGCAUGGCGCAGUUCCGGCACCUUCUCUUCUUCUGGAUCUAGCUGCCACUCUCCCACUAGUUCUAUCAGCUCAUCCAUCGAUUCACGGGCAUGGAGCCCAGAAACCCGCAUGUCAUCACCAACCGACUCGGUUUUCCACACAUCAGAGUCGGCCAACCCCACAAAGCGUGUCAAAAAGGUAUCAUUCUCCGUUCCCCAUGAGGAAUUCGACUUCGGCUUCUCUGAGCCAAUGGUCCGCCCUGAUUCACCGACUUUGGGUAUGAACUUCGGCUUUUUCCCGGCUACGAAUACACAAAAAGUUCCGGAAGUAUCAGCGUCGAAGUACCAGGAGUUCGAGCUUCCGCUCCCGUUCAAUACGGACAGCCAACAAUUCGAGAACUGCGAGGAGGAUGACGACACUCUCAACAUCACAAAAUCGAUCGACCGUUUCCGCGAUCAGCUGCACGAACUUCGUGAACAGCUCGAGAGGCACUCGGCCAAUCUCGACCAGCAGCUCGAAGCCAUGGCAACCGAGCCUCCAAAGUCGCCUACCCGAGGAAGUGGCGUAGGGAAGGAGGAGCUCCGCGCGCUUGACAGGCAGGCUCGCAUUGAGCGGCUGCGCAAGGAUGGCUGGCAGCGCAAGCGAUUCGAUACCCAACGGUACGAGGAGCUUUGCGAAACCGUCUUGGCGGAGCUAACCCCCGCCUAA